AUGUCCUUUCUCUCAUCUGAACCCAUGUUCUUUGGCUAUGAAGAUCAACACAACCUCAAUCCUCAUCAUUUCCAAGGUCUUGAUCCACUCAUGAUGAAAAGAUCAAUGUCAUAUUCAGGAAGAGAAGGAUGUGAAGAAACAAACGUUGCUGGUGACGUUGAGACGUCAGACGACGAGGGGUCACAACUCGGAGAAAAGAAAAGGAGGCUGAACCUAGAACAAGUGAAGGCUUUGGAGAAAAGUUUUGAAUUAGGAAACAAGCUAGAACCAGAACGAAAACGGCAACUGGCUCGGGCUAUCGGGUUGCAGCCAAGGCAAGUGGCUAUAUGGUUUCAAAAUAGAAGGGCUCGUUACAAGACUAAACAAUUAGAAAGAGAUUACAAUGUGUUGAAAAGACAAUACGACAACAUUAAAGCUGAUAAUGAUGCACUUAAAAACCACAACAACAAACUUCAUGCACAGUUGAUGGCUUUAAAAAGUCAAGAAGCAAAUGGAUUUAGAGCCAUGGUGAAUUUAAACAAAGAAACAGAAGGAUCUUGGAGCAAUGGAAGUACUGACAACAGUUGUGAAGACAAUAACACAUUGCUUUACACCCAAAUUUUAAAUAAUCUUCCUAACGAAUCGUCGAUGAUAAGCGGCUUAACUCAGCAGUAUCUCCUUGGUCAGCCAUUGAAUCAAACGGUCGGAGAUGAAGGAUUUUGCAACAUGCUUAAUGGGAUGGAGGAUCAGCCUACUGCUUUCUGGCCAUGGCCAGAAGCUAGUGAUACUACACCAGCAUCCUCAUGA